AUGCCUCUCUGGAAAGAUCAUCCCAAGGAGAUCAGGGAAGGCUGGGUGGGCGGCGACUUCCCUUCCCCCUUUGGGCGAUGCCCCGCCGCCGCCUGGCCUCCAAAGCCGCAGGACAAUCAAGAGCAGAGGCCAAGCUCGAAAAAGAGCAAAAAGAAGGAAGAUAAAGAAGAUGAAUAUAAGAGCAGAAGCUGGAUCAAGAGAGCCCUGCGUUUGGGAGAAACUACACCUCCACGGCCAGGCUCGUACGAGUUCGAUGCUGAACAAGACGCUCUGCGGAAGCUCAAGGCGGAGUCCAAGAAGACUCACAAGCCCAAAGCGACGGGACGCAUCUUUUGUAACCAGAGACAGGAGAUGACUAGCCAGGUGGACCAGGAAGGCAGACCAGUAGUGCCAAACUCUGUAGACGCUACUCGUAGACCUGGUCGAAGCACUGCUUGCCGUCGCCCUCGCGCAGAGCCGAUAACAAGCCACUGGACAGCGGGAUUGGGAGUUGGAGGACCUGGCGCUGGUUCAAGGCCUCCUAUAAUACAACAGCCGGCUGGGAGAGAAGGGCAUCGUCCUGAGGUGGAUUCCAGCGGUACCAACAAAGCCCUGGGUGGUGCUCCGACAACCUCUAGAGGCUACCACUACCAGUGA